GAGGAAAUAACUAAAAUGAACUCGCCGCUUCUUAAAGGGGAGGGAAACGAUGGAACAACGUCUGUCCCGUCGACGAAAAAUGAACGAGAUGAAAAAGUAACGUGCAGAGACAUGUCUUUGGUCCCAAAAGCUACCGUAUUUGUAUAUAGUUCCGUGACAUAAAAACAACAACAUAAUGAACUCAGUGAUAAAUGUCGGAAGAGCUCGUCUACUCUGAAUGACAAAUUCACACUUGAAAGUCAAACAAGACUAGACGCUCCGAAAACACCUGGACGAGACAGGCAGGCCUGCACCACCCAGACCCCAGAAUUGCUGCUUCCUGGGCAGCAAUUGAUUUCCAUUCAUUUCUGUAACCCGUGAAAAUCAACUUAGGACUUGCUUGACUUUGGCAAUUCAUCACUGAGGAUUAUACAAAGGUAUGAAUCACGUGUGAGGAUUACUGCUCUCCUUCAGGGACACUUCUCUUUGGCCAGCUCAAAGGAUUUAAGGGUUUAUUAAGUGGGCCAGUUGCCAUAGCGACGCUUUGGCAGGAUAUUGCCAGGAUAAGCCGUAAUGGGUCUCCUGACGCAGUUCACUCUGCUCCUGUGGAAGAACUUCACUCUCCGGAAGAGACAAAAGGUGCGGCUGGUCGUUGAAGUGAUCUGGCCUCUUUUUCUCUUCUUCAUACUGGUGGGGGUGCGGUCCACCAAUAAGCCAAUUUACAAAGGCCAAUGCCACUACCCAAAUAAAGCCAUGCCAUCGGCUGGCGUGCUGCCCUGGCUCCAAGGUAUGAUGUGUAACAUCAACAAUCCCUGUUUGAACUAUCCAACACCGGGGGAGACACCAGGCCAAGUCAACAACUUCAACAACUCCAUAAUUGCUGGGAUGUUGAUAGAGCUGCAAACUCUCUUGGUGAACAGAUCUAUUCUCAGCAAGGCACAGUUGCUGGCAGAUGACCUGGAACAGUGGGAUUCAGUGUUGUCACAGUCAAACCCUGCCGAUGCUCAACCAGUGAUCCUAAGGAGUGUUCUCCGAGACAAUGAAACUUUCCCAGCUCACCUGAAAGAGAAUUUGUCAGUGCCACCAUCAGUCAUCGAAAGCCUCAUGAAUGCUGAGAUAAAACUUAACCCAUUGAUGGGCAUCCCGAGGCCAGGCAACCUGCAGAGCAUCCUGUGUGAGGGGACAGAUCUGGAUGAGUAUAUCCAAUUUAGCAGCAGAGCUGAAAAAGAGGCUUUUCAAAAUGUCAGCUGCUCCCGCACUCCACAGCAGCUGAUUAACGCCCAGCAAGUACUCCUGCAGAACCUGGAUCCGAGGAAAGUGCUUUCUGAGGUGCCUUCAGCUUUGGAUCUGAAUGCAGCAGAUACAGCAACACUGCUGGAGAAAACCACUCAAGAUGCAUUACCAGUAUUUCAAGAGGUUGCCAGGUUGCAGAACUCAAUGACCGUUAAGGCUGCUAGUUCAUUGGAUUUCCGAAAUGACACGAUGGGCAGUAUCAAUAUGCUACUGUGUGGAGGGCAGCCCGACAUGAGUUUGCGCUCAUCUAGGGCAUCGGAGCCGUUGAACUCUGUCAACACGACGGGCAACAGUUCAGAUGCUUUUUGUCAGACUCUUGUCGACACCCUGGAGGGCACACCUGGUCUGCGCUACAUUUGGAACACCUUCAGGCCGUUAUUGCUAGGGAAAGUCCUCUACACACCUGAUACACCCGCUGUUCGCCUCAUGGUGAAAGAGGCAAAUAGCACAUUCAAUGCACUGGCUAUGCUUAAAGAGCUUGCUGAUUCCUGGGAUGAACUCGGGCCACGUGUCUGGGAUUUCCUUCAAAGUAGCCCUCGAGUCAACGCGUUACGGACAUUGCUGGCGAAUCCAGUGUUUGCUGCUGUUCUGAACGAGCGUCUCAAAGGCACGCAAUGGACGGCAGAGCUUCUGGCCAACUUCCUGUACAACGGGCCCCCGGAGGAUCGCCCGCCCGGCAUGCCGCCCAAUGACUGGAGGAAUGUGUACAACACCACUACAGAAAUCUUGAAGCUCCUCUCCAACUUCCUUGGUUGUUUAGACCUGAAUAAGUUUGAAGCAGCCCCCACUGAAAGCCAUCUUGUGAGCAAGGCACUGGAGCUUCUGGAGAAUGACACAUACUGGGCUGGUAUUGUCUUUGAAAACCUCCAGCCAAACUCCAGCCUCCCUCCUCCUUAUGUCAAGUACAAAAUUCGCAUGGACAUCGAUGAGGCGGAGGCUACCAACAAAGUGAAGGAGAGGUCAUGGUCUCCCGGUGCCCGAGACAACCCCUUUAACGACCUUCGCUAUAUAUGGGGAGGCUUCUCCUACCUGCAGGAUAUGAUGGACCACGGCAUUAUACAAGCUCAAACAUCCAAGAGCCAACCCCUUGGUGUUUUUGCCCAGCAAAUGCCAUACCCUUGCUUCGUGGAUGACGCGUUCCUCCGGUCUCUGGCACGCUCCCUACCCUUAUACAUGACUUUAGCCUGGAUCUACUCAGUGGCCAUGAUCGUUAAGGGCAUCGUGGCAGAGAAAGAGGCGAGGCUUAAGGAGACAGUGAGGAUCAUGGGCCUGAGAGGUUCCAUCUAUUGGUUGAGCUGGAUUGUGUCCAGUGGGCUGCCGCUGGCCAUCAGCGCUCUGCUCCUUGCCCUUAUAUUGAAGUAUGGCAAGGUGCUGCAAUACAGCGACCCCUCAGUAAUCUUUGUCUUCCUGCUGGUGUUCUGCCUGUCCACCAUCACUCAGUGCUUCUUCAUUAGCGUCUUCUUCUCUAAGGCCAACUUAGCAGCGGCGUGCGGCGGCCUCAUCUUCUUUGUCCUCUACCUGCCGCACGUCCUUUGCUACGCCUGGAGGGACGUCAUGGGUUUCCAGGCCAAGGUUGUUGUGAGUUUAUUGUCAUGUGUGGCUUUCGGCUACGGCUGUGAGAACUUUGCCAAGUACGAGGAGCAAGGCAUCGGCAUUCAGUGGCACAACAUCAGCAAGAGUCCAGAAGAGGGAGAUCGCUACACCUUCAUCGUGUCCAUCAUCAUGAUGCUCUUUGAUGCCGUUUUAUACUGGGUGUUGACCUGGUACAUUGAGAAUGUCUUCCCAGGCCAGUAUGGAAUCCCUAAGCCAUGGUACUUCCCUUUCACUGCAUCUUACUGGCGUGGGACAGCCUCGGUGACUGAUGUUGACUCUGGCAUGUUGAAGGACUCUACUGCACAAAACGCGUAUCUGGAGAAGCCACCACCCGAUAUGAAAGCAGGGGUCUCAGUCCGCAAUCUUGUUAAAAUCUACAAGACGGGAAAGAAGCUCGCUGUGGACGGACUGAGUAUAGACUUCUAUGAGAAUCAGAUCACAUCUUUUCUUGGCCACAAUGGAGCCGGAAAAACAACCACAAUGUCAAUUCUGACAGGACUGUUUCCGCCUACAUCAGGAACCGCUCUCAUCAACGGAUAUGACAUCCACACGGACAUGGACAGCAUCCGAAAGUACUUGGGAAUGUGCCCACAGCACAAUGUCUUAUUCAAUGAUUUGACAGUGGAGGAGCAUAUCUACUUCUACGCCAAGCUGAAAGGACGCAGCAGCGAUGAGGUGAAAAUUGAGAUGGACCAGAUGAUUAUGGAUGUUGGUUUACCACAUAAGCGGAAGGAUCUCGCUAAGAACCUGUCAGGUGGGAUGCAGAGGAAGCUGUCUGUGGCUAUUGCAUUUGUUGGCGGCUCAAAAAUCGUCAUCUUGGAUGAACCUACUGCAGGAGUGGACCCCUAUGCCCGCAGGGGUAUCUGGGAACUGCUGUUAAAAUACAAACAAGGACGUACCAUCAUUUUGUCCACACACCACAUGGAUGAAGCGGACAUCCUAGGUGAUCGCAUUGCCAUUAUCUCCCACGGCAAGAUGCGCUGCUGCGGCUCCUCACUCUUCCUAAAGAAAUGUUUUGGCAGCGGCUACUACCUCACUCUGGUCCGAGAUGGGACUGAAAAGAUGACAGCUCAGCGUGAUGGAAUGGUACAAAGUCAGGCCAAGGAGGAGAAAGAGUGUCCUUCGACGUGCAGCAGCCUAGAUGAUGGCAUUGGAAGCCAAAGCUGGGGAAACUCUGACCCCUCAGAUUUGACAGCUGUGGGUCAAACUGUGCAGCGCCACGUCCCUGAGGCAGUCUUCUUGGAGAGCAUCGGUCAAGAGAUCACCUACAUUCUGCCUUAUGGUGGAGCCAGAGAUGGGACCUUUGCCCUCCUUUUCCAAGAGCUCGACCUGACCAUGGCUGACCUCGGCCUGACCAGCUACGGCAUCUCUGACACAACGCUGGAGGAGAUAUUUCUUAAGGUGGCAGAAGAUACCGGAGUGGAUGAAGAUAUAGCAACAACAAAGGAGGUGUUGGUGAGAGACUGCAAAAGAGGCUCCCGUACAUCCAAGCGGAACAGCAUCGCCAGCGUCCAUGUGAAAACAGAGCAAGUCUCUGGAAUGAGUGACUCAAAGAAAAAGUUCACAAGUAAAGUGCAAGACUCAAAGAUGAAUGCCAGUGUCAAUGGGAAGGGAUCUACAGUUAUCACCGGAUGGGAGCUGAUCAGGAGGCAGUUCCUGGCGCUCUUUAUCAAGCGCUUCCACCACGCCCGAAGGAGCCGCAAGGGACUCAUUGCCCAGGUGGUCCUGCCUGCUGUUUUUGUGUGCCUGUCUCUGAUCUUCUCGCUCAUCGUCCCACCGUUCACUGAAUAUCCGAGCCUGGAGCUGCAACCCUGGAUGUAUGAUCCGCCGCAGAGCACCUUCUACAGCAAUGAUAUGCCAGAUAAUGCGGAGGUCUCGAAGGUAGUGGACACCUUGGUGAACAACCCUGGCUUUGGGACUCGCUGCAUGAAUGGAGACCCGAUACCGAAGUUACCAUGUUCUUCUAGUGACUCUGAUUGGGUCACUCCAUCCGUGGAUCAGUCCGUCACUGACAUCCUCCUCAACGGGAACUGGAGCAUGUCUAACCCCUCCCCGUCCUGUCAGUGCAGCACACCAAAACGGACGAUCAUGUUACCUGACUGUCCGCCCGGUGCAGGAGGGCUCCCUCCACCUCAGAGGAUCCAGAAUACAACUGACACACUGUUGGAUUUAAGUGGACGAAACAUGUCAGACUUCUUGAUCAAGACUUUUGAACACUCUGGGAAAACAAGGUACGGAGGCAUCUCUGUCGGAGCGGUCAACUCCCAAGUCCGUCUGACCGAGGCAGCAAUCGAAGCUUCAUUCAAGGAUCUAAAAGAGCUUUUGAGUUCAUUUCAGGAUAAUGUGACUGAUCAGAUCCUGCAGCAGGCUGAAACGCUGCUGAAGAAACUGGGAACCAGGGACAACGUAAAGGUGUGGUUCUACAACCAGGCAUGGCACGGCAUGGCGUCCUUCCUCAGUGUGGCCGACAACGCCAUCCUGAGGGGAAAUCUGCCGGCAGGAGAGGAUCCCCGCCAGUAUGGCAUCUCUGUGUCCAAUCACCCCCUCAACCUCACCAAGGAACAGCUCUCCUAUGUAGCCUUGGCCCAGACCUCUACUGACUUGGUGGUGUCCAUCUGCGUUAUCUUUGCCAUGUCCUUCAUCCCUGCCAGCUUUGUCCUCUUUCUCAUCCAAGAGAGGGUAAACAAAGCCAAGCAUCUGCAAUUUGUCAGUGGAGUAAACCCAGCUGUCUACUGGUUGGCAAAUUUUGCCUGGGACAUGUGUAACUACUUCGUCCCAUGCUUGAUUGUGAUUGUGAUUUUCCUCUGCUUCCAACAAGAAGCCUACGUUUCACUUCCUAACCUGCCUGCUUUGAUUCUGCUGCUAGUUUUAUAUGGGUGGUCCAUCACCCCAAUGAUGUACCCAGCCUCCUUCUUCUUCAGCGUCCCCAGCACAGCUUACGUGGUGCUGACCUGCAUCAACGUCUUCAUUGGAAUUAACGGCAGCGUAGCAACCUUUAUUAUGGAGCUCUUUGAUGAUGAUAAUGUCUCCCGCAUCAAUGACAUAGUGAAGCAAGUGCUGCUGAUAUUCCCACAUUUCUGUCUGGGCAGAGGGCUUAUUGACAUGGCCAAGAACCAGGCAAUGGCCACACUCUUCAGCAGUUUUGGGGAAGACCGAUUCGAGGACCCACUCAGCUGGAACAUGGUGGGAAAGAACCUUUGUGCCAUGUCCAUCGAGGGAGUUGUCAUGUUUACACUCACAAUCCUCAUCCAGUAUAAGUUCUUCUGCAAGUCAAGGCUUAUUUCGGGGAAGUCAUUAUCUGCAGAGGAAGAGGAUAUCGAUGUUGCUCGGGAACGCAAGCGGAUUUAUGAAGGCCAGGCCCAGAACGACCUUCUGAGGAUCUACGACCUCACGAAGGUAUACUCUCGGAAGAGCACCCCUGCUGUGGACAGGCUAUGUGUGGGAGUACCUGCCGCAGAGUGUUUUGGCUUGCUGGGAAUCAACGGGGCUGGGAAAACCACCACGUUCAAGAUGCUGACAGGAGACAUCCCAGUCUCCGGUGGAGAGGCCUUCCUAAAUGGAUACAGCAUACGGACAGAAAUGAGGGACGUGCACCAGAACUUGGGCUAUUGUCCCCAGUUUGAUGCUAUUGACGACCUGCUGACUGGACGAGAGCAUCUGGAGUUUUAUGCCAGGUUACGAGGGGUACCAGAAAAAGAGAUCACCAUGGUGGCAGAGUGGGGGAUCCAGAAGUUGGGGCUGGUCAAAUAUUCCAACAAGUCAGCAGGAACCUACAGCGGUGGGAACAAACGCAAACUGUCUACAGCGAUAGCCCUGAUCGGUUGUCCUCCGGUGGUUUUCCUGGAUGAGCCAACCACUGGGAUGGACCCCAAAGCCCGGCGCUUCCUGUGGGACUGCAUCCUGAGUGUCAUCAAAGAGGGACGCUCAGUCAUUCUCACAUCACACAGCAUGGAGGAAUGUGAAGCACUGUGCACACGCAUGGCCAUUAUGGUCAAUGGUCGCUUCAAGUGCCUCGGGAGCAUCCAGCACCUAAAGAGCAGAUUUGGUGAUGGCUACACAGUGAUUGUGAGGGUUGGUGGCUCUCCUCCGGAGCUGAAGCCAGUCGAGGACUUUGUCCAGCUGUCCUUCCCCGGCAGCGUCCUGAAGGAGAAGCAUCAUAACACACUGCAGUAUCAGUUCCCAUACGUACAGGGAGCUUUGGCCAACAUCUUCAGCCAGUUCACCAGCCAUCAGCACAGGCUGGGUGUGGAAGACUACUCUGUGUCCCAGACCACGCUGGAUCAGGUCUUUGUGAACUUUGCAAGGCACCAGCAUGGGGAAGAGGACUCUCAGGCCUAUGACAACGCAGUGGACACUUCGGAUGAGAUGCCAUUGGAGUCUGUGAAGACCUCCCAAGAACCAGAGAAGCUGUAACGCCCAAAAGACACAUUGCACUCACAGCGGGAAAGUAAUAUACUUUAAACAAGUUUGAAUGGAUGCUGUUUGCACUGGAAGCCUCAAACUUUUUGCAAACCCUUUUUUUUCACCCAAACUGCAUCAAUGCAGGUUAUUGGUCAACAGUGAUAACCAUCCAUAACCAUUUCUACUCUAUUCUCUUUAUGCAGAUAAGUGCAUAUGAAUGCAGAAUGUGCAGGCAGCAGGACAAGAAUUUGGUAUCUGAUUUCUGUUGGUAAUCAGAUUAGAAUUGACCAUCUAUUUUCAGUGUGCUUUGGUUGCAUGCACGUAACAAUCCAUGCAAAAAAAUAAAAAAUAAACCCAGAUCUUGGCAUCCACCAGCUGCUGUCUGCCGAAGAUUUAGCUUUUAAUUAGCUUUUUAAAAUAUAUUUGCAUUCAUAUGCAGAGAAACUAUGUGGUCAUAUACACAGUCUUUCAACUCACUUCAACCAAUAGUAGCGUUUCCAUCAAUACAUUUCUGUGCACAUUUUGAAGCUUCACAUGGAAAAGCUUGAUGGAAACACAAAAAUUCGAUAAACGUUUAGAAAAUGCGCUUAAAAGUUUUAACGCUCGCUUGAGGUGGUUUUGUCUUUUUCGAAAAAAUAGUUAUGCGCUAAAUGGGAGAUGGAAACAAUUUUACUCAAAUGACUGAUCAGCUCUGACAUGAUGAACAAUUAUAAGUUGCCCAAUUGAUUCUAAUUCCUGAAGACAUAUUUUCACUCAGCACAGUUCACAACUCUCUAACACACACUAACUAGCCCACAGAGCUACAAGAUAGCUCCCCUGUAAACACUCCUUAUUCUCCUGUUCUUAAAGGGGCCACAGCCUUUAGUGAAUGUCUCUAUAUUGUGGGUCCCCACAACACUGCCAUCUUCUGACCAAAGUACGUUUAUGCAGCUUUGUUUAUUCGCUCUAAACCAGUUGAUGGAAAUUUGCAUUUUCUUUAAUGCAACAUUUCAAAAAAUUUGCUUCAAUAUUCAGUUAGACUUUAAUGGAAACAUGGCUAGUGACCAGCACACAGAGGAGGAGGUCUUGGCCUGGAUAACUGCUGGCUACACCAGAAUUCUAGAAAUAACAGACCUUGCCCCCAAAAGCUAAAUCUUCAGCAGACCAAUAGACAAUGGUUUUUUAAACUUUUAAAACUUGUUCCCAAUAGAAAACAAAGCUUGUUUCAGAAAAACUAAGGUCACUGGAAUUCAAACAAAUCAAACUGGCUUCAAGAAAUACUCUAAAUAGAUCAUUUUGCAUUUUGAAAGGUUUUAAAAUUCUUACUGCACUGGCAGAUUUUUUCAACACAUUUCAAGGACUAAAUUACUGACAGAAAUUGCCUUGAUAAAAAGAUAUUUGCAGUGUCCAACCUCGUAUUGGAAUAUUGUAUUUCACAGAGGCUCACCAAGUGAUACAACACCAGUUCGAUUUUGUUUGGAGUAUAUUGCAGAUCAUAGCAUCGUGUCGGAGAGUGUAAGGACCAAAUGAAUUUCAUGCAUUGCACAGCAUUUAGGAUACCUCAGGACUGCAUUUCAGACUGAAAUAUAUUUGAGAUUUGUUUACAUUUGCUGUUGGUUAUGAUGAUGAUAUGUUGCACCGUAAACUAUAUUAGAGGAUGUUUCUCUGUGGGUGUGAUCCAUUCCGAUUUUGACAGAUUUUAUGUUUUAUGCUUCAUCAAUGAAUAUCAACAGGCAACUUGUCUAAGGAUAUUUUGUCAACAACAAUCCCAAAGCACAUUAAACAACAGUAACUUCCUACCUCACAUUGCGAUUCACUGGCAGGCACUUUAAAAUUUGCCACUGAUAAGAAAUGAUUAAUAACAACUCUGUCAGAUGUGCUGGCUUUGAAUGUGUGAAUGAGCCUCCAAUCAGCUGUGGACGGUGUUUAAUGAAAGACAUGGAGAUUACAGCAGCGGGACAAUGCAGAGUCAUUCUGAGUCAACCAGCUGUCAGACAUGUUGGGUCUGCAAGGAAGACAACACGGCCUACGUGUGCACCAACCAAAGCUUGCAGACUAUUAUUUAGAACCUUUGUGAAUGUAACUGGGCACAUGUCAGGAACAUUUCUCAAGAAUAUCAAUGAAUGUAUGAACAGAUUUAUAUUUUAUGAGAUUGUUAAUGCAUUUUCUUGUGAAAUCUGUUUUAUUUUAUUUAUCGCUUGUUCUUUGCAGUAUCUAAAUAAACUAUCACUGAGAAUUUUUUUUGCUACAGGGCAUGCUGAUGUAACACUGGUGUGUUAACCUAUGACCACCAGAGACCCAGGUUAAUAUCAGAGAGUACAGCACUCCCCCUCAUGCACAGACCUCUGCAGAUACAGUGCACAUAUUUUGUCACAAAGUGCCUUUUAAACACCCACGUUUAAAAAACCCUGUGAUAAUCGAUAGCAGACCCUCCAUAGCAUUUUAGGAUGUGUAAACUAUGUUAUAUUAUGCAAAUAUAUAGACCAUUUUAUUGUCAUUGAAUGUAAUUAUUUUUUAACCCCAUCCCCUGAAGUUACUGUUGCUAUGCCAUAAAGCCAUAACUAUUUAGAUAUAUGUAGUGUAGAAUAAAAACUGCUUUCCUAUUUUAAAAAAUGAUACAAAAUAUUUUUUUAACCAUUAUUUUUUUGGGGGUGUUUUUCGUGUUUUGACAAUAGACUAUAUAAAUAAUGGACGUAGUCACCGUGACGUCACCCAUUGGUUUGUGGCCCGUUGGAAGCCUCGAGUUCAGCGUUAUACUCGUCGCCAUCUUGCGUCGCCAUCUCGUUUCUAAUACAGGGAGCAGACCAUAUCUGGACUGUGGAGGAGGAGAGGGAUCUGAUCACUGACUACAGCCUCUCUACACCUCAACCUGACUGAGAGAAGCUGCUGCUAAUUCAUGUUAGCAUUAACUGGGAUGUUAGCUUUGGCUAGCAAAAAAACAAAAACAAAAUGUAUCUUUCUUACCUCAGAAAACUGAGCAGCGACUCCUUGGAGUGUCUGUUAGUCCAACCAAACACUGAACAAGACAUUUUUACUGAACAAAACGUUCAAAUAAACUGUCAUUAAGUGAAAAUACAGUGAAAGGGUCAAAGUUAUGAGGCCAAACCGCUAAAUGUCCUCUUUUAUAUCUAUAUAACGUUAUAUAUAACUUUAUUGACACGUUGCCGUGGAUACGCAUUGCUCUGCUUCUCUCCUGGUGACGGCUCGCCUUGUUAGUGACCUGUCAAUCAAAGGUAGCCAUGCCCCAAAUCAUAUGAUUCUUUAUCUUCUAUUUUCUUCUAAAUGGGGCCAUUAUUAGAACUAUUGACAUCAAAUUGUCUUGAAGAUGAUUUUUAACUAGUGAUUGAGACCAUAUUGUUGUCCUGAAAAUUUUUUUUGAGGUAAUAAAUCAAGUGAGAAGUUUUCAAAUUUUGCACUGAAAUGAAUGGGCAGAUUUUUUUUGCAGCCAAACUUAGCACCCCCUGCUGGAAUUUUCGGUGGAUUGCUGCCUUAAGGCACUUCCUGGUUGGCCUCCAAGCUCAGACAUGGAGAUUGCCGCCUGCCAUAAACUGAUGGGUGAAGUCACAGCAGCUACGUCCACUUCUUUCAAACAGUUUAUGAGACCAUCAAAAACUGUAAAAGGGCUUAUACUGCAUAUCUAUGUCUCUUAUUUAAGGUACAUUCUUGUUUUUUCCAACAUACUAUUGUGUACUGUACAACAUUGGAAGUUUGUUAGUGUCCUAAUGAUUAAAUACCUGUAAGCUUCUUCAAUAUGCAGCUUAUAUUACUUGGCACUUACUUCAGAAUGUAAACUCUUCCCUCACAGGCGCUCUGGUUUAAUUUGAGAGCUUGGCAUAAUUUGUAUUCUGUGUCCUCACAUUACUAUCAUGCCCAUUGCAAAGAAUAAUGAAUCCUAUUUGUACUGAAUAUUGCUUCAUGCCAAGACAAAUGAUUAAACAUUAGCACAAAUUGUCAUGCGACUCUGACUUUAAUAUUUGUAUAUUGCUGUCCACUGAUUCGUUCCACUCCAAGUUUGAAAGUGUCUUAAGUUCAACUUUCUACAUGCUGUUUUAUUGUCAUGUCCUUCUUUUCAUUACUUCAUGUCUUUCAAUUUGAGUGUAGCUUUCUGUUGCAGGCUCACUUUUGUUGAGUCUCUCAUACGUCCAUGAAACCAUGGGAUGCCAGAAUACAGACUGUACUGGAGUGGGUAAAGCAUUUUAUUUCACAUUUAGUGGAGUGGGAGGGACAUUUUGUCUGCCAGAUGCCUUAGAAUGGAUUCAUUUUGUUGUCAAACUCACACAGACACUUUUAUUGUGGUUCUUUUUAUUU